GGCCGCGCCAUGAGCCCGGCGGCCCCCCGCGGCAGCGGCGCCCGGCCCGGCCGCCUCCCGUCGCUCCCCGCCGCCGCCAGGGAGGCGGCACUCGGGACGCCCCGCAUGUGUUUUAAUACACCCAUGCAACUCAGACUAAGCUGUGGGAAUAGUGACGGUGCAGCUUUGGAGCCAAGACCUGGAAGGAGUCCUGGAAAAAGCGAGGGGCCGCAUCCUGGUUCUGAUGCGGUUAACUUGCACUGACUUCGGUAGGGCCAGGAUUUCACCCUGGAUGCGACCAUAAAUAAUGGAAACGGCAACAGGCAGUAUAUACACAUGAUGGAGUCACUGCUGUAUACACUCGCCAGAGAGCAGCACCAGGGAGAAAGGAUGGAGCAGAGCCUGGGGAAGAUGACCCAUGCCCGGAGGAACCUCUUUGGCCCUGUAGACCAUGAGCAGCUGCGGCAGGACUUCCAGCACAUGCUGCGCAACAGCAUCGAGGGUGCCCAGCAGAAGUGGAACUUCGAUUUCCUCCAGGACAUGCCAGUGGAGGGGCUCCUGCAGUGGGAGGAGCUCAAGGGCCAUGAGGCGCCCACCUUCUACCACAGCUGCAUGGUAGGAGAUGCUCGGAGGCCACUGCAGCACUUGAACUGCCCCCUGGGCAUGGGGGACAAGGAUCGCCACUUUGCCCAGGUGGCGCUUACUGAGAAACCCAAGACUUCCAAGAAAACAGGGGGCAAGAGGAUCUUGGAAGAAAAGAAAAGACGACAGAUGUCUUUGACAGAUUACUACUUGGCAAAGAAGCAAGUCAAAGCGAAUAUGCAAGCUGCUGCAAAGAAGUCAACUUCUUGAAAGCAAGGAGAGGAUUGCUCUGCACCAGAGAGGCUGGAAACAUCUGCCAAGCUUCCUCCACCUUCAAAAACCAGGUGUGCAGGCAGCGGACACUUAGGGGCAUCCCACAGAGAUGUAUUCCUGACAGCAGCAGUGAAAACAGAAAAUACUUUCAUUGGGAUGGGGUCAGGCCAAAUCGACUGGAAUCACUUUGAUGAGAAAUUGCUGGCCUUAAAAAUCACUGGUAAGCAAUUCUGGACACUACAGAAGUUGGCUAACGCUAGCGGUUUAACGUGCAUUAAAAAAAUCACUGUACAUGAGAAAGCAGUAAACAGUUAAAACAACUGUAUAUGUGCAAUAGUGUGCUUGGACAAGUGACUGUAUGGAUGAGGUCUUUGAUACUGUCACAUCUUUACGUACCCUCUUUUUUGGUUUUAGCAGGGUCGGCUCACUGAGUUUCACCGUCUCAGUUUUACAGGCCUGGCACACUAAAAAAAAUUCCCAGCCCUUUCUGUGACUUUUUUUAUGAUACAGAAUUUUGUGCUUGAAACUAUUCAGGGCAUAAGUAACAGCACUUGGGCACCAAACAUACAUAUUGUUGGGAUGUAAAUGGAGAAAGCUGAAAUUAUUUGCAAUUAUUUGCAUUUAUAUAAGCAGCCAUUUUACUCUGUAGUUCUGCCCGCCCCCCCCCCGAGGAGUAGGUAGUUAAACAUGAGGUAGUUAAACUUAUAUGUUAUGGAAAGAAAUUUUCAGUUAUAUUUUUGUAUCUUUCAAGUCAUUUUGGGUUGCGCUGUUCCAUCUAGGUCUGUGAAUUUGUACAGUGAAAAGGAAGAUAAAAUCUGCUGUGCUUUUGUCUGCAGUGUUUUAAAAUGCCUGCUGCUUGUAAGAACAUAGUAACAAUGAGGGAGAUGGCUUAGUUGCAGUUUUGUGCUUUUUAUUCAUACUACUCAUCUUUCUAUAAGAAGAGAAAGGGCAUUAGUAACACUGAAGUAUUACACAUACAACAACCUUGGUGGUGUAUGGAUUGCUUUUCUAUGGCAUUUAUUAACAUAUACUUUUCCGUCACCUACUUUUUAUUUCCCUUUCUUAUUCCCCUAACUAGUUGGGAUAAUUGAGGUUUUAAGCACAUAAUAAUCAGCAGAUAAACCAGAAAAAGAAACCUGUAAAAUAUACGCUCUAAAUUAUACUGCUGCAUAUGGCCUUAAGAUGCAUGCAGUAUUUAAUGAGCUCAUUUGGAAAGAGCUCUGUAAAUGUCAGGUUUUCAGAAUGACGUGAGAUGAUGGACUGCUGCUUUUUGUCUCAAAUCUAAACAAACCAAGGUGCUUCUUGGGUAAAAAUGAGCAUGCUCAUGUGCGUGUCAGGUGUAUGCAUGAGAGGUGGUGCGAGCAAGUGGUAUACCCUGCUUUACAUACAACAUCAGGAGGGUUUAGUGUGUUUCUUUUUUUCCUGUUAAGAGCUAUAAGUGUUUAGACAUAAAUAAUAGUUGAUUUUCCCCCACAUGGCACAAGGCAGUGAUUCUACUGUGUUUCUGCAUGCUGAGAUAAAGAUGCUCAGCGAAUUGCAGGGUCAGACCCUGUUUCCAGCUACAUACAGGGGUUAGGAACCAGCCUUGCUCCAGCUGAUGUCAAAGGGAGUUUUACCCAAAGGAAGCAAGAUGAUGGCCAACCUGUCAACUGCUGCUUGCAGUGUCUUCAGUGUGUUUAUGGGCCUGGCCAGUCUGUUACACACUUUUCAGCCUGUUGAGAUGUAGCAUAAAGGUGUGGGACUGGGCUUUUUGUAUGUUUAGUUUUAUUUUUACUUUGGUUGUGAUUCAAACAUUCUAAUCUAUUUUUCUUUCUUAAAGUGUCUUGAUUUUCUCUAAUUAAGAAAAAUUGCACAACUGUC